AUGUGCCCGAAUGGCCUUCAAGCUCCUGUGGUUGCUGCCCCAGCAUCGUCAUUGGACUGUUCUCUCGAAACAGAACAUUUUUUCCUGAGGUUGCUGUGUGGCAUACAAAGAUAUGUUUUUGCCCAGGCAGGUUUUUUUGCGACUUGCAAGUGGAGCACUUCAGUUCCUCUUAACUGUCCUGCCAUCGGCCAGGUAUCAGACUUAUGCGACUGCUGCGACGAGUCUACUCUGCAUGCAUAUGCGGGCGAGCUCAACCGACACUGCCUGCCAGCAACACUGCUUCGCAAGAAGCCAGACAUCAUCGUGGGAGAAGCUCUUGAUGGGAGUCCAAGUGUUCCGGAGGUUGAGGGCUUGUGGGCAGCAUGCCCUCUCCGUCAUGUGUCAGAGCCGACAAAGUUACUUCACGAUGGGCGUUUUGGCUUCGCCUGGGCGGCCGCCAAGGUACGCUGCAUGCGAUUGCCGCAGGAGCGGGAACCUCAAGAUGGUGCGUAUCAGGUGCUUAUGCAAGCCACUUUUCGAGACGGGCAGGCCCAGAGCUGCGUUCCUAAGAUGCUGAUGGCCCACUUCUGUGAAAGCGUCAAAGUCACAGAUGCAGCCAGCUUAGAGCUGACUUCAACAGCAAUCAAAGAGGUCGACCUACAGGCGGAAGAGCAAAUCAAGCAAGGCUCCAGAGUGCUCAAGGAGUUGGAGGUGAUAUUGCAGCGAUCAGGACAUCCGCACGAGAAGCGUUGGAUCGACACCAGACAGGCAGAGAUCUUUAUUGCAGCGACCAUUACCAUCUACGCUUUCUUCAUUGGGGCCGAGCUUGAGAUUGAGACGAACCAUCCCGACCUUGGACAUGCACUCUCUGUGGUAUUUCUCAUACUCCAUGUGCUCUUCAACACAAUUUUUGUGCUGGAGCUCAUCCUGCGAGUGCGGUCAACAGGCAUAAGAUACUGCUCUCCAUUUAAUCCUGCCGGAUUCUUUGAUGCUCUCAUUAUUCUCAUUGGCACUAUCGAGAACAUCGUUUCGAUAGUGUUCCAAAUGAUGUCACAGGAUGGCAGUGGCUCGGUAAUCGCCAUUGCUGGCGUGAUGCGGAUUCUUCGUCUCCUGCGCCUAGCGAGACUCCUGCGUGGAUUCCUCGUUUGCCAAGAAUUGAGAUUGUUGGUUACUGGUAUGAUGUUGGCUCUUCCAACAGUGGUCUGGGCUGGUGUUCUAUUCGCAAUCGUGGUCUACCUGGGAACCAUGUUUACAGUCAUCCUUCUCGGCAAUAUACCUGAGCUUCACGGUUAUUUUGGCACAAUUGGGCUAGCACUGUGGACGCACUUCGUCAUUGUGACAAUGGAGACAUGGCCUGACAUCGCUGACAGCGUCCUGGCCGUGGCCAGUCCACUCUGGGGUGUCUACUUCGUGGUAUUCAUUUGCAUCUCAAGUAUGUCCCUCAUGAAUUUGGUCACUGGUGUCAUUGCUGAGAAGUUGUUAAGCACUAAAGAUGUGGCAGCCAGUGACGGAAACGAGAACGAGAUGGAGGCAUUUCGACACGAAAAGGCUGCUUUCAGGCAGGAUCUGACCGAGCUACUGAUGUAUGAAGAGGAGAUAGACGUUGAUCUUUUUGCUGGCCUGCUGGAAACCAACAAAAUGAGAAUGUGGCUGACCAAGCUGCAGGUCUCUGCUGAACUCCCGUCAAACGAUUUAUUCAACUUGCUGGACACAGCUGGCAUUGGUCAUUUGACGCUGGAUCAGCUACUCGAAGGGAUGCUGAAUCUCAGGGGCUCUCGCUUGAGGGUGCACUCCCUCCUUCUACAGCAGGACUUGCGGUGCUACUGCCAGGACGAAUUGGAUGCUUUGCACGAAGUGGAAGCAAUUGUACACCAUCAGACGUCGAAGCAUCUCAAUUCUUUGAAAGAGACCUUUGAGCAGGAGCUUCAGAACAUGCGCCAGCUCGUUGAGGAGCCGGGUCCCAACACAGCAG